AUGGCUACUUACACAGAUGAGAGCGGCUAUCAGUUCGCCCCAGGAACGGUGGUUCUGGAAGACUUGGCUCGGGCAAAGGACCAGCUAGUCCUCCAACCACCGCCGUCGUCCGAUCCGAAUGACCCCCUUAACUGGUCAAAGAAGAGAAAAAUCGUCAACUACGGCCUCGUCUGCUACUACGUCCUAUGGACCUUCGUCCAACUUGACAUCGGCUUCACAGCAUGGGGUCCCAUCAUCGAGGAAUACAACCUCUCCAUCGAUAUCCUCAACGCAUCCGCUGCGGUCAACUACGGCGGCCUGGCCAUCGGUUGCAUCUUCUUCAUCCCGUUCGUCCACAAGUACGGCCGUCGACCUCUGUACAUCUUCAGCGUCCUCGUGCAGUUCUUCAGCUGCAUCUGGCAGGCCAAGGUUGACGGCUCGACGAACGUCGCAGGAGGCUCGCUGAUCGGGGCCAACAUCCUUUCAGGUCUAGGUGGCGCCAUUUCGGAGACGAUCGUCCAGAUCACCAUUGCCGAUAUCUUUUUCGUCCACCAGCACGCCACAAUGAACGGCUGGUACCUCGUCUUCACCACAACAGGUGCAUUCCUCGGCCCUGUCGCCAGCGGCUACGUCGCAGACAGCCAAGGAUGGCGAUGGAUGUGGUGGUGGUGCACCAUAUUCAUCGGUCUCAAUCUCAUCGCCGUAAUAUGCUUCUACGAGGAGACCAAGUACAAGCCUACCUUCGUUGGCCGCCACCCGACCGACGUCCCGAUCACCCAGGGAGCUCGAAACGCCUCGUUAGACGGACCCGACGCUUCCAAGCAGCCGCAAGACCUCAAGGAGGCCGAAUCUGGCUCAGUCGAGCGCACAGUCUCCUUCAUCGACACCACGAUCCCAAUGAGAACAUACAAGGAACGUCUCGCCCUCGUGACCAAAACCGAAGGCCCAAUCCUGCACCACUUCUACCAACCGAUCAUCGUCCUCUUCACCUUCCCAGCCGUGACCUAUACUGCACUCACAUACGCUCAUCCUUGCGACCUUCGCAAUCAUGACCUCCAUGGUGUUGGGCUGAUGAAUUUGCCGCCAUUCAUCGGCUCGAUUUUUGGCUUCUUCAUCGGUGGGUGGUUGAAUGACUACUCUGCCAAAUGGCUUUCGAAGCGCAACAAGGGUAUCUUCGAGCCUGAGAUGCGUCUCUGGCUUGCUCUGCCCGCUGCGCUGUUCAUCCCGGCUGGCAUCUUGAUGUUCGGAAUCGGACUCGCACGGGGCGAUCACUGGAUUAUUCUUGCGAUCGCCUAUGCGCUUUGGGGCUUUGGGUUCGUGGUUGCUACGGAUAUCGCACUUGCCUAUACCACAGACUGCUACCAGGAUAUCGUUGGAGAUGCGCUUGUGGGCAUUAUUUUCUGCCGCAACGUCUUCAGCGUGAUAGUCCUCUUCGUCCUGACGCCCUGGGUCAACGGCAUGGGGAUUCAGAAUCUGCACAUCUUGACAGCGUGUAUCCUCUUCGCUGUGCUUUUGCUGCCACUUGGUCUGUUAAAGUGGGGUAAGGCGUUUCGGGUGAGGACUGCGGAGAAGUAUAAGGAGAUGGCGGAGCGGCAGCCUACUAGUCGGACAUUUCUGUGA